AUGAAGCUAUUGAAGUAUCCUAAACCCCUUCACGAUGGGCUAUUGUCCGCUAGUUGUAUAUGUGGAGCGAAUUUGGUUUUGGUUGGCAGAAACCGCAUCUCCGUUUGGGAUUGUAAUGCACUUCAAGAGACUGCCCAGGGUAAAAGACCUGUUAAGAGCCUCAGCAGUGAGUUUGAAAUUGAAUUGAGUGUUUCUGACGAUUUACCUAGAUAUAUUGUUGAGGGGGGUGGUCGGUUGGUUGUUGCGGGUGAUCGUACUAUAUGGAGAUCAGAUGUUGAUGGAUGGAGAGAGUUGGGCGAGAAAACAACUUUCUCUGUGUUUAAGACGUUUUCUGAGGACGAAUGCAUAACAGACCUGAAAUUUGACGAAGUGAAUGGCAUUCUGUUUAUUGGGGUAAGCAAGAUUAACGAAGUAUGGCUCUACAGUGUUGCGAGCUGGGAAAAAGUAGGGACGAUAAGUCUGGGUGUGAAGCCUGUAACGAUUAUUGUGGACCCUAUUGGAGAACUUGUGACGCUGGUGUCGCAGAACCGCCUUGUUUCUAUCUAUCAGUACGAUGCGCAGGGCUCUACGGCUGUGCACCGCCAGCUGAACCAGCAUGUGCAAACGAACCCGUUGAGCUACAACAUCACUAUGUCACCACAGGGCGACAUGCUGCCUGUUGUGAACUCAAUUAAGAAUACCACGCCCUCUGCGCAGAUGCUUGACCGUCUUUCAGACUUCAGCGUUCAGUCAUCUUUGGUGGGGUAUGUUGGAAAAUGUAAGAUAUUGAAGUUUUCACCACGAAUAUACGAAAAAGAGAAUAAAAAUAAGCCUUCUACAAGAUAUAACAUGAUAGCUUCUGCUGGUAAUGAUGCUGGAAAUGUUACUGUUUGGAAUACGAAGCGCACGAAGCCGCUGCUGAACGCCGCGAAACUGACCACCACGUUUAUUAAUGACCUUCAGUGGUCGAACGAUGGUACAGGGUUGUUUGCCAUCACAAAUGAUGGCUACUUGUUUAUCUUUGCCUUUCAAAACAUUGAGAUAGGAAAAGUCUUGGAUGUCGAGGAAGUGCUGAAGAUGAGGAAAGACAUUCCACGCCUGGAGCCACUUCCUGCCCCAGUCAAUCCUCCAAGUAAAGCUAAUAUUAAGGUAGUUAAGGAUAAAAAGAUUGAUACCUCAUCUAACAACGGGCCUGCUGUGGUAAAAGCUAGUAAAGCUAAAAUAGCCCCUACGGUCAUUAAAAGCACUUCGGUAGAGUUUAACGCGCCUUCAUAUUCGGUUCCAAAAGAUCUGAAGCGCAAACCGAAGGACGAGAUGCAAGCCAACAAGAAUGCAGCAAAGAAGCAAAAAAAAGAUUUGGAGCCCAUGGACUUUUUAGAUACAAAUUUAUUAAUGCCAAAUAUCUCAUUUUCUAAACUCCGUUUAGCUACUCCAAAAGUUCGGUUAAACUUUCAAUAUAAUAGCAUGCACAAUGAGAAUUUGGUUAUGGAUAUAAAUAAUGGUACUGGGAACGAACAAAAACCAUCGUCACUUACAGUUAUUUUAAAGGAUAAAGAUAAAGAUUCUACGCUAUUCCAAGAUUUCAUUCCAAAAUUUGUCACAUUAUGUACCGCAGGAGAUUCAUUUUUGUCAUGCUGCACUGAGGACGGUACUGUGCAUGUUUAUUCCAAUACUGGUAGAAAGCUACUAGCUCCAAUGGUGAUGGGAGUUCCGAUCAGCUUUCUAGAGUCGUGCGGUGAUUACUUGUUGUGUGUUACCAGUAUGGGCCAGUUAUAUUGCUGGAACAUAGCGAAGGCAAAAUUGAAGUUUCCCAUGAAUACUGUAUACCCAUUGUUAAAUCCAAUGUUGAAGUACUCGGAUGAUGUGCUAACACGAGCAGAAAACCUAACCAUGUGCACCGUGACGCGAAACGGUAUUCCCUUGGUUACAUUGAGCAAUGGCGAUGGAUAUUUAUUUGACCCAGACAUGGAAACCUGGAUGCUUGUUAAUGAUUCCUGGUGGGCAUAUGGAUCUCAGUACUGGGAUUUUACGAAUACAAGUCAAAUUGCAACACAUAUCUCUGUAAAUGGAGACAAGGAUGAUAAGAAGAACAAAUAUUGGAAUGCAGAUGCAGAGCAUUUAAUUAAUGAGGUUAAACGCGAUAAGCAAAGUAUAGUGAAUUACCUAGAAUCAAAGACUAAUGACGAAAUGUCUAGAAAGGGCCGCAUUAGAAACUUACAACGGUUUGCUAAAACUAUUUUAAUGAAGGAAGGCUUUGAAAAUCUGGAAGAUAUUGUAACUUUAUCCCAUCUAGAGAACAGGAUCCUUGUAUCAUUGAAAUUAGACGAGACAGUUGAGUUCAAAAAGUUACUGGUCGUUUACUGCAUUCGAUUGGCUGAGAUGGGAUUUAAAAACAGGUUAAAUGACGUUUUGAGUUGGUUAUAUAAUGAUGGUAAUUACAAGGACGAGAAAAUUGCCGGACAAAAUAGAGAGGACUUGUUGAAGCAAAUACUUGUAGCCUGUGCAGAUAUCAGACAGGUCCAAAGAGUUACUACAAGUUUUGCUUCUGCCUUAGAAAUGCUCGACGAGACUUUAUAA